AUGAGCGUCCCUCGCGCACGGAUCGUAGAAUUGAUGAAGGCGCAAUGCCAGGUUUUCGCGACGACGUUCAACCCUAAGGGAGUCCGCAUGGGCAACAAGAUCCUGCGACAGCGAUUAAAGGGCCCUGCCGUCGCCGCAUACUACCCGAGGAAGACGGCAACCAUCAGGGAUGUGAAGCGCGAAUUCGGACCCCACCUUACGACCUGGGACGACGCCGAAGAGGACCGGUUCGAGUACAUUGAGGAGCUGAAGGAAAGAGGCAAGAGUGCGCCCAAGAAGAAGAAGGCGCCGCCAGCUGCCACGCAUGGCAAGAAACGAUGA